AUGCUGACCUGGUCACGUCGACCUCUGAAGGAGACCGAGCACCGGGAGCUCUGGGACCUGGAAGUGGUCAGCGGCUUCCAUCCUCCGAUGCUCAGCUUCGAGUGGAUGGUUGCCUCCGUCCUCGCACCAGAGGCUGGGGACGUCGUCGCGGCCUUUUUGCCUUCUUCCCUGGAUCCCAAGACUUCGUUAGAGAUGGUCCAGCCCCAGUGUCUGGUCGACGCAUGCUUGACGGUGCUGCUCCUGGCCACUCGUGCUGCUUGCGCUCGCCGGGCUUUGGUCCAUGCCUUUGCCCUUGCAUCCAGGCUGAGGCGUUUGCAGAGCUCGGAGGUUGGGAGCCUGAGCCUGGAUGAUCAGCGCGACCUGCAGAGCCUGGCCACGAAACUGGCUUCGGAGCUCGGAGCGAGUGAGGAGUUCAUCGACAAGCCGCCGGAAGGCGGCAUCGCCCUGGACCCCCAUUUUCUGCUCUUCGAGUGGCUCUUUGCCAAAGGGAACCUUCGCGCGAGCCAGCUGCGCCUGGUGAGCCACUUCGCAGAAGCAGCCAGGUCCGGCAAGGCUGUGAUUCGGCAGCUCCUGAUGGGGGAAGGCAAGUCUGCGGUGGUCGCGCCGCUCUUGGGCCUGCUCUUGGCGUCAGAGGGCCUGGUUCUCCAAGUGGUUCCCGAUCCGCUGCUUUCACAGAGCCUGGCUAUGACCCGGGCGCUCUUCGGACAGGCCUUCUUCCGGCCAGUCUACCACAUGGGCUUCGACAGAUCCGAUGCCACUUCGACUUCGGCGUUUGCCUUGUUGCGCAAGCUGGCCACAGCCACCAAGCAGCGCGCUGCCGUCUGCUCCACUGCAUCCUCCAUCAAGAGUUGCAUUUUGGCCUUCGUCGAGGCGGAGACGAAACUGAGCAGGCUGAAAGCGCCAUCUGCAGCCUCAGCACGUACGGCAUCCCAGUGUUUGGAUUUGGCCUGCAAGCUCUGGCCUCGCAUGGCAGAUGCAUCCCACGAGAAGGAGCUCGAGUUCACCAGCAUCUGCCUGGCCGGCGUUUUGUCCACGUUCCGGUCGAGCAUUGGCGUCUUGGAUGAAGUGGACUUGCUGCUUCACCCCCUGAUGUCGGAGCUGAACUUCCCGGUGGGAGCUCGCGAGCCUCUGGAUCUUUCUCCUGAGCGCUGGGAGCUACCAAUGCAUCUUCUUCAGCCCUUCCUGUGCGUGGACGUGGACGUGGAUUUGGAAGGCAGCCAAAGCCCCGCCUGGCAGACGUGCCACGAGGAGAUCAAGAAGGGCCUGCAGCAGCUCGCUUUGCGCGACAGCCCGCAUGUGGUCUUGGUUAUCGAGGACUUCUACUUCAAGCACCUGGAGCCUCCCUUGCGGUCCUGGCUCUGUGACUACUUUCGGGGGCAUGGAGCCUUCAAAGAGAGCCAAGCACAGGACUUGUUGGCGGCGCUGGGCGAAGGAGCUUCACCGAGUGCGACCGAUCGGGCAAGCCAGCUGUUGGUUCUCGGCCGGGACUGGCUGAGGCACACCCUGCCUUUCGUCCUCGCAAAAGUCAACCGCGUGCACUAUGGCCUGCUGCGACAGAAGGACACCCGAGACCUCGAAGCACGAGGCUACCCGGCGCGAGGCACCCGACUCCAGAUGGCCGUACCUUUCACGGGCCUGGAGACGCCUUCCAUCGCGUCAGAGUUCGCCAAUCCCGACGUCGCAAUUGGGUUGACCAUCCUCGCCUUCGGGCACGAAGGCAUGCGCCGGAGCGACGUGAAGACUCUGCUGCUUUUGCUGAAGUCCGACCUCCUUCGUGAUGCAGGGACUCCCACGGUGCAGCGCAAGGCUUUUCGGAGCUUCCAAGCAUGGACGCAGUCGGACCCCGACCGCCCCGACCUUGAAGCGUCCGACUCCGGGGGCCCCGGGGUCCUGCCUUUGGAUUUGAUCCAGCCGGAUCCUGCAUCCAUCCUCUCCCUCAAGAAGCUCUGGGCCGGAAAAGGAAAAGCACCCGUCUAUCUUUACUACUUGACCCGCGAGAUCUUUCCAAAGGCCACACCAGGUCAGACCAAGAAGCUCUCCGCCUGCGCACAAGAGCUGGCUUCGCCGAGUCUCUUUAAGGUAAGGCUGGGCUUCUCGGGAACCCCUAGCAACAUCCUCCCCUCCAGCUUGCCUUUGGUGGAGUUCGAUGGCACCACCGAUGGGAAGACCAUGGCUAUCCUCUCCUCCCCGCACCUGGUCCAAAUCCAUCAUCUCAAGUCUGGCUGGACACCGCAAUCCGUGCUCAGAUACGUGGCCAAUAGGCGACCGCGCUUCUGCGCCCUUAUCGACACAGCAGCACUCCUCUGCGGCUUGGAGAACGAGGAGGUGGCAAAGUGGCUCAUGGACAGCCCCCUGACGGAGGGUGAGGAACAAGACUCAAAAGAGGCCUGCAUCUUCCUGGCCCGCGGAACCGACCUGCCCAUGAUUCUGCUGAAAGGCGCUGCUUCGGCUGUACCUUUGGAAGACGCCAACAUCCUUCCGGAAAAGCGCUUUUGCUAUUUCGACCAGCCGCACACUACGGGCAUUGAUAUCAAUCAGCCUUCACUGGGAGUUGCUGCCAUCACAAUGGGAAAGGACAUGAGCAUCCGGGAGCUUCAGCAAGGGGCCUGGCGAAUGCGCGGUCUUGCACGAGGGCAAACGCUGGAAAUGAUUCUUCCCGAAGAUGUUGCCGUCUACAUGCGCAGUGCUCUGGAAGAUGAGACUGCGGUGCCUCUUUCGAACAACUCCCGAGCGCUGCAAGACAUCCAAUCCUGUCUCUUGAUGCGCUCCGUGGAGCAGGAAGAACUGCAAGCCCGGCAGCUCGUGCGCCAAGAUCUGGGGAACGUGUGGAAGUCUGAGGCUCUUCAAGCUUUGAUGGCUGGUCGCAGGGAGGACGUGGAGGUGCUUCUGGAGACCGUGAGCUCCGAUGUCCUGCAACGAACACCGCGGAGUCUGCAGGAAUCUUUGAGAGAUUUGGCCGCCCCCUUUGUGAAGGCCGGGCCUUUGGCCGCAGCUGUUGAGAGGGCUGUGGAGCGAGCAGUACAACUUUUGGGCGAUGUCAUCGAGCAUGGGCGUGGGGGAGGAGGAGGGGAAAUCGUUCGCGAGCAGGAGCAGCAGCAGCAGCUGGAACAUCAGGUGGAAUCGGAGAAGGACACGACGGUCAACCGGCCUCGCAUUGGUGAGAGCCGUGUGUGGGACCUCCAGCAGAAGAUGGAAGAGAUUCUUGGUGCUGUCACUGGCGGGGACAAGAUUCAAGACAUCCACCUCUUCGCUUUCCCUUCUGCGGCGACGAUCGCAGACACCUUGAAUCUGGCCUCACAAGCCGGAUCGGCCACACAGGCAGCGAAAGGACUGGAGGCCCGAGCGCGCUUGCAGAGCCUUCGUCUCCGAUUCUCCCCGAACUCUCGCCUUACCAGCGAGAUUCCGGUGCUUCGGCCUGUUCUCGUGGCCCUCCAAAUCGCCGACGCCUCCACGUCCUCGUCCUCCACGUCUACCCUGGCCUUGUCUCUCUGCGAGGCCGAAAGCAUCCGUUGGAUUCUGGAGACAGAGAGAGAUGUCCUCCGGGCCAGCUUCCUGCUCCAUAGCAUCUCCGAAACUCCGAUGUUCGAGGCCUUCGAAGCUCGAGAAAACAUCAUCAUGGCUCAGCACCAUGUGCUUUGCCAAAGCCGGCAGACGCUGGCCGUUUCGCAGGCCGCCGUCAGCUUCUUGCGCUUCUACCUUGGCGAGUCCUGGUUCUCUGAAAGCGAGGUGCGAUGCUUGAAGGACAUCGUGGGCAAGGCCAAGCAGGACUUCCAGCGGCUGCGCACGGCGGUGUUCGCUUGCCGGCGCCCGGGAGGCUCCGCAGAUUGGGCCUCCACGCCUUUGGCAGCCAUUUUGGGUGCCGAGCCGAGCCUCGCGGAAAGAGUCGUGCCGCCACCUCCGGGCCCCACCUACCUGGAACGCUUUAGCACUGAAGCCUUGGCAGGUGGCCAGGACUUCGUGGAGACCUACGCCCGCCAAGAGCCGAGCCAGGAAAACCGGUAA